CGGGGGCGGGGAGCGGGAGGAUCCCUUCUCAAGUCAAGAGCGGGGCAUGCCGCGUUACACAGAGGGAAAGCAGUUCACACAUCCGGCUGCCCAAGUUCCCCAAAUUUGGAGGUUCCUGCCUAAGUUUCGAUUCCUUCCGUUUGCCCACUAUUCCAUGCUGGGAAUCAGAGAGCGCAUCCACGCCUGCCCGGGAUAAAAGCCUGGCAGCUCCGCCUCCUCCCUCCGCCUGCCUUUCACUCCCCGGAUCGCUGCCCCGCGAAGCAGUUCUUCUUGAGAGACCCGGUUGCAGGCGAGAAGAUGGCAAGCGGCGCCCACUUCCCUUUGCCCGGCCAGGCCAGCGGCGGGCUGCCGCGCUACGAGGAGCUGAAGGACGAGCACGACAUGGCCAUCCUCGACCCCGCGGGCGCGUCGCCUGGCUCCACCGUGAUCCACAUGCACAACCAAAGCCAAGUCUGCGUGGCGCCUCCCCGCGACCAUAUCUUGUGGUCGAUCUGCACCAUGAUGUACUGCAACUUCUGCUGCCUCGGGUUCAUGGCCCUGGUCUUCUCGGUUAAGGCAAGAGAUCGCAAAGUGGUUGGUGACCACAGUGGAGCUCGCAGCUAUGGUUCUACUGCCCAGUGCCUCAACAUCACAGCUGUGACCCUGUGUAUUGUGCCCAUUGUCAUUGUCAUCAUCCUGCUAGCAACAGGGUUUUUCACUCCCCAAUUUCUUAAUGGUUAUUAGGAAGCCUAUGGAGAACCAUGUCACAGAUGGGUUUCCCUUGUAAAACCACUCAU